CAUGACCCUGGACCCAGAUACCGCCAACCCCUUCCUCAUCCUGGCCAGUGACCAGCGAGGGGUGGGACGGGGGGACGAGUGGACCUUGCUGCCCAACACCCCCGAGAGGUUCGACCCGGAGCCGUGUGUGCUGGGCAGCCAGGGCUUUGCUGAGGGGACACACUGCUGGCAGGUGGAGGUGGCUGAGGCAGGGGACUGGUGGGCUGUGGGAGUGGCCCAGGAAUCUGUCAGGAGAAAGGGCAUCCUCAGCUUUACACCCCAGGAGGGCAUCUGGGCCAUGGGGCAGUGGUUUGGACAGUACCACGCUUUCACUGACCCUGACUGGACACCCCUGCACCUUCCCUGCCUCCCCAGGGCCAUCCAGGUGUGCCUGGACUUCACGGACAGGCAGGUGACCUUUGCUGAUGCUGACAGUGGAGCCCUGAUCUUUGCUUUCUGCCUGGCCUCAUGUCCUGGGGAGAGGCUGCACCCAUGGUUUUGGGUGGGGAUGGGCUCCUGGCUCAGGCUGUGCCCCUGACAAGGAGGGACAUGGGGACAGGGGGGACUGGGAAGGUGAACACCAUCAUCACAGGCCUUGGUGCUGGCAGCUGGGAGGGUCCUGGUCCUGCCAGCUUCUCCUCACAUGGAUCCUCUGGCCACCAAGGGGAGGACUGGUAGGUCAUGGAGGUAGACAGAGGCCAGCACAGGAACCUCCUUCAUCCACCCACCCCUUGCUGGGACUGCAGGGACAGCAGGGAGCACAGAGACUCGGUGCAGGGAGGAGCUGGGUGCCUGGUGGUGCCAGUGCUGGGGCACUGCAGAGCUGCUCUGUAUGAGACCAUGGAAGGAACAGCAGCUCCUCCAGGAUGGACCAGCACCUGUGGCUUCUUUCAGCUGAGUUAGAGAACCCAAACAUAGCUGGGUAYUCAUGAUAACACUUAUCUUCACAUCACACAUCCAGAGCCUCUCCUUGCCUGACACGUGCACCAAGCACAUUUCCUGCAGCACAGCACUGGUAGCAGAUCUAGGGGCGGCCCAGGAAGGAAAGCACAAAGCUGAGCUGUGUCUGAAAUCCACUGGAGAGAUAAUUCCCACACAUCUGCCAUUCUCUGAUCUCGGCCCAUCAAAGUCCCACCUCACAGGCUCCUGCUAAACCCAGCCUGCAGGAGAGGAGAGGGUGGAUGUGGGYGAAGGGGAGCAUUGCCUGGGUCUAGCCUGGAUUUCUUCUCGGAACCCUUUUCUGGCUGAACCCUCUUAGUGCCACCUCAGUUGUCACUCUCGUGGUGGCAUCUGGGCACAGGAAACAGCCUCGGUCUCCCUGCUCUACUCCAGGAGGUGCAAAGAGCUGCAGCUCUGGGUCAGGCUUAGGUAAAUGCCCCCAGAGCCCUAAGCUUCUCCCACUAUGGAAGCACCAAGGGCUCUCUGCUCCCAGUGAGGCACCUCCUACUCUCCAUGCUCUAGAGUGUCUGACAUUGCCCUGGUUUUGGCUGACAGAGGGUUAACUUUCCUCUCAGUAGCUGGCACGGUGCUGGGUUUGGGAUCAGGGUGAGAAGAAUAUUGAUGGCAACAAUCAAACCAUUAGCCACGUGGUGCUCGCCCAAGUCAAGGAGUUUUCAGUGUCCCAUGCUCUGCCAGAGAGGAGCUGCACAUGAAGCUUGAGGGACAAGCCAGGACAGCUGACCCAAACUGGCCAGAGGGACAUUCCAUGC